UUGUAACCUUCUUUGCACGCUGGACAUCCGGUUAAACAUCAACUUGUCAACACGGACAUCUUGCACUCUCCGUUUAGUUUAAGUGCAGGAUGCCGACAAUGUCAGCCUUAGAUGUUGAUGACAUAGAAGACAUUAUAUCUGCAUCAGAGGACAGUGAUAUUAGAACAGGGAACAAGAGCCACGUUGUACCGAAAGCACGCAAAUUUAAUGGCAAGAACAUGGAAUCAGAAGUAUGUGCUGACAGUAUUAUUCCAGGCACCCAGAAGAUCUAUGUGAAGACCUGGGGCUGCUCUCACAACAACUCGGACUCGGAGUAUAUGGCCGGUCAGCUGGCAGCCUUCGGAUACAAGAUUGUUGAUGACAAAAAGCUUGCCGAUCUAUGGCUGCUGAACAGCUGUACGGUGAAGAGCCCUGCAGAGGAUCACUUCCGUAAUGAGAUCAAUCUAGCCCGGGACCUCAACAAGUACAUCGUCAUAGCAGGCUGUGUUCCACAGGGACAGCCCAAGGCUGAGUACAUGCAGGGAUUGAGUGUGGUCGGAGUGCAGCAGAUUGACCGAGUUGUAGAAGUGGUGGAAGAAACACUCAAAGGCCACAGCGUGCGUCUGUUUAAACAGAAAAAAUCUGCAGGCAUGAAAAUAGGUGGAGCGUCACUGAAUUUACCAAAAAUUCGGAAAAAUCCUUUGAUAGAGAUUAUUGCGAUAAACACUGGGUGUCUCAACCAGUGUACAUACUGCAAAACCAAGCAUGCCAGGGGCGAGCUGGGCAGUUACCCGCCUGAGGAAAUCGUGGCACGUGCCAAACAGUCCUUCAAAGAGGGUGUAGUGGAGAUAUGGCUCACGUCUGAAGACCUUGGGGCAUAAUGGACAGACAUUGGUGGUGACCUGCCUCAGUUACUAUGGCAACUGGUGGACGUGAUUCCAGAAGGUGCUAGAAUGCCUGGAAUGACCAACCCUCCAUAUAUCUUGGAACAUUUGCCAGAGAUGGCUAAGAUCCUGUCCCACCCCAGGGUGUACUCGUUCCUGCACGUCCCCGUCCAGUCCGGCUCUGACAGCGUGCUGGCCGAUAUGAAGAGGGAGUACUGCCAGGCAGACUUCAGACAGGUGGCAGACUACCUCAAACAACAAGUGCCAGGUGUCAACAUAGCCACAGACGUGAUCUGUGGCUUCCCCACGGAGACAGAGGCAGACUUUUCUGAGACGUUACGUCUCGUGAGUGACUACAAGUUCCCUAGCUUAUUCAUCAACCAGUUCUUCCCACGCCCUGGCACCCCCGCUGCUAACAUGAAGCGGAUACCUGCUAAUGAGGUAAAGGAGAGAACAAAGCUGAUAUCAAAGCUGUUCCAGUCGUAUCUGCCAUAUGAACACAAGCUCGGUGAAGUGCAGGAUGUUCUAGUGACAGAAAUAUCUCAUGAUAAGAAGUAUUACGUUGGACACAACAAGUUCUAUGAUCAGGUGCUGGUCCCAAUGGACAAGAAUUUAAUGGGUAAGAUGGUUACCGUGGAGAUUACAGAGACUGGCAAGCACUUCAUGAAGUGUAACCUGGUUGAAGAAGGCCGGGCACGCAGACCCCAAGAUGUCCCUGCACCACUGCCCCAGGGUCAGGUAUCUGGGGUCAACAGAACCCAGGUUAGCUCUGACUUGCUGCCAAAGAGUCAAGCUCCAGGGGUCAACACGCGUGAUAUAGUGCUUACACAAAAUGGACUGUGGUUCUUUGUUGCGGCCAUGGUGGUUAUGUUUGCUGCGGUGGCCUGGAGAAUAUAUGGACUGGUGGUGCAGUUGAUCACUUGAUUUUGGUUAGACUUUAAGGAAAUGCAUGGCAAAGUAAAGCAAGUUUAUUUUGUUUCUAUUGAUACAGUAUUCAGGCUUCAAGGCCCUGCCCGUGAAAUAAAAUUGGUAAAGGCAAUAUUAACAGAGCUGUGUUUGCAAGAUUUGUAAAUGUGCAUCAACAAUGCACAGCUCCAGGGAUUCUUAUGAACUUGUAGAUAAAAAUGGGUAUGUUUUCAAGUAUGUGAGUAAUGAAAACAUGGGUCUUUUCCAGUCAGUAAUACUAAGAUUCGAAGUGAUAAGCUGAAAUUGCUUUAUAGUUUCAGGGACUUGUGUUUUUUAAUCAAAACGCAAUCACAGAAAUCUAUUUUUUGUAUGGUCAUGGUUGUUUUCAUCAUAACACACACUUUUUAAAGGCAUUGAAAGGUCAAAUCACUUAAAGCCCAUAAACACUCAAAAUCAAUACACAUUUUGUACAAUAUUUUGAAAAAUAAAGUUAACACAUAAAAAAUCAGUGUUCCUUUUAGCGAUAGCCAACAAAAUUUCAACAAUUGAUGUGGUCUGGAAACAUAGAUUUAACCAGAUACAAAAAGCUUGUUUUAUUUUUGUGUGUGACAAUAUAUUCCAUGCGAAUUGCCCGAGAUGUCUGAACAUUUAUGAGUGAACCCGAGAUACGCUUCGAGCAUCGUCCGAAGCUCAAAGCACCGAUUGUUCUUAUGGAUACAUUGUUCUUCAGAUGUUUCCCAAAGCCAGUCUUGCGUUUGCUUGUAAAUAUUCGGAUAUCAUCAUGGGCAAUUCACAUGGAAUAUAUUGUCGCUCAAAAAUAAAUACUAGCAUUUUGUAUCUCUUUAAAUCUAUGUGGCAUCAUACCACAUCUAGCACUGAAAGCUUGGCUAUUGCUGUCAGGAAACACUGAUUUUUUUUAUUGGUUAAUUUUAUUUUACGAAAUAUUUGUUGAUUUUGAGUCUUUAUGGGACUGUAAGACACGAUUCUAUUAAUCAUAUCUAGAAAUAUUCAAUUGUUAGAUGUUUGAUACAGUUCAUUGAUCAUUUUAUUUAUUGAUAGACUAAUGGAGCUUUGUCUUGCAAAAAAUGGGUCUAAUGCCAUAUGCGGUGAACAAAGCUUCAGACCAGCCUACACAUUCUGGUCAGAAGCUACCCUGUCAGCUCAUGAGACCACGAUACUUUGCGUGACUUUAUAACAUACAGGGUAACUUCUGACAAGACUGCAGAUGUGCAGGCCAGGCAUGACGCGUCUCAAAGGAUUUUGAAUGAUGUAUUAUGUUUUAUUUUUGUAUAUACAAGAUUGCUUUCAGCAAUUAUCAGCUGAAUAAAAGUACACAAUUUUGA